AUGAAUUCCCCCCAGCUUCAACUCCGGGCCCAAGACCACUUCCUUCACGAAGUGGGGGAAAGGGGAUUGGAUUCCUCACUAGACUACUUCUGUGCUGGAGUGAAUAAGCUACUUCAGUACAGUCAGGGGCUGCAGCAGCCGUUCAGAGGUAGCGGUUGCUCGACCGUUUCGGGUCAAAGAAGCGAAGUAUUCCUGAUAUUGCCAAACGAAGUCGCCCUUCGGGCUCCUUGA